CUUCCCGACGGCCAAGUUGUCUACUCUGAACGUUUUCCGAGGCUGGAAGACAUGGAGGAAAAUCCAGAGGAUAUCCUGCUCGACGCGCAGGGGUCUGGACAGCGGCCAGGGGUCGACGUCGUGAGGAGCAACCACGGGCGGACUUCGGCAAUGGACCGCUGGAGGCUCUCAACGGCUCUGACGCGGAAUCUGGGACAAGUGCCCAGGCGCGAUAAUGUCUCAAUAGAACGAUCAACAGAGAAGCCGAGCGUGCGGAGCAAGUAGCGUGCCCCGCGGGAGCAACAUGGAGUUGUCCUCUUUCCCCGGAACUUCCCACUUGCUCGAAAUACAAUGGAAUUGCCAAAUGCGAUACAACAAUGGGCUUGACAGAAUCUCCCAAGGCCGUCGACCUCAAGAAUUGGCUGCAGAGCCAUGGUGGAGGGUUUCAUCAAUCAGUGAGGCUCGUGUCAGACGACUCAGAGACGAAGGGAAUCAAUGCAGUCGCCCUACGUGACAUCCCUGCCAGCGAGCCGGUCGUGUGGUGUCCCAUAGACCUUAUCGUCACUCCUCAGAAGGCGCGCGAAAGCAUAGCGAUCGCUUUGGGUCUGACAAAUGCGGUAAGGCAGGCAAGUGAAAACUGGUCUGAACGUCAAUCGAUCGGUCUAUACCUCUCUUUGCAUUCAUUGCUACCUAAUAACCCCGCGCUGUCGCAUCGGCCAUACGUGGACCUACUCCCACCCGCCAGCACGCUCCGUGCAGCGAUCCAUUUCACCGAGGACGAGCUCGCUGCCUUCAGGGGCACCAACCUCUAUGGCGCGACAAUCGAUCGACGACGAUUGCUCGAGGCUGAAUGGCAGAAGUCCCGAGAUCUUCUGCGGACUUGCAAGCCCGAGCUUGCGGAUUUGCUGACCUGGGACCUCUUCGCGGCGUCUACUACCCACUAUACGUCACGGGCCUUCCCGUCCAGCAUGCUGGAAGAGAACCCUUCUCUGCAGGUCUCUUCGCAGACUGAGCCGGUUCUCAUCCCGGGCGUCGACAGCCUCAAUCACUACCGCGCGCGCCCGGUAACAUGGCUCGUCGAGACGCGCCCAGUCGGACAGCGCCCCGUUGUUGUAAACGAGCGCGUUCCUGCCGAUGCUCCGCCUUUCGUCGCGGUCGUGCCCUUGACAGAAACGCCUGCCGGCGCGGAGAUCUUCAAUAACUAUGGCGCGAAGCCGAAUGCGGAGCUCAUCCUCGGCUACGGCUUCACCCUGGAGGACAACACGGACGACACGAUCGUGCUGAAGCUCGGGGGCGGCGGGGAAUCCUGGGAGAUCGGCCGGCGGUGGAAUGAGGAGUACGAACAGCUGUGGCGCCGCAUACUGACGAGCGUUGCCGCAGGGGACGGGGGGAAGGCGACAUUCGAAGAUCGCCUGGAGGCGGCGGAGAUGCUGAUGGACAUGGUACAGCAGAAGCUGCAGGCAUUGCCCGAUGCGACGGCAGCGCGAGCACUACGUCCUGAGGUUGCGGUGAUGCUCAAGCAUUAUGUCGAUGGACAACGCGAGAUCCUACAAAGCCUCCAUGCAUUUGCCGAGAAGCAGGAGCAAGAGGCCAUCGCCGCUGCAAAAGAGCAAGGCAUUGAGUUGGUCUUCGACGAAGAAGAGGAAGGCGCGUAACCAGGAGAUAGACAGAUAAUUUCCGAGGUUAUCGUCUGUCUCAUCUCUAUCUGCGUCUAAGGGCUCUCGUCGCCAGUGGAGACGUACCGCUCGGGCCUGCCAGUCAGUGGCUCUUGCGUAUGUCUUCCGAGUACAGUCCGAGGCGAGCGACGAGCAUUGUCCGCUAGUGUCUGCGGGCACUGAACGAGCAUGCUAUCUCUUCCUAUCUACCUACGCCAAGCAUGACGUUCCACGACAAGUAUGCCUGUUGCAUCAAGAACUGUGCGCGUCCGAUCGUCGCGCGUCUUGCGCGACUUCAGGAUGAGAAGACUUCGCGAAGAGGGUA